AUGGCUACCAAUGCGGGCCAAAAUGUUAUCACAGAUAUGAUCGCAGCUGGCUCUCCUCCUCAAGAGGUGGUAGAGCAGAUCGCGGCGCGUGACUCGCUCCAUAUCCCUCAUAACCCAGAUGCAAAGACCGCAGUCUUUGGUGAUGUGGCUUCCUCCUCGAGCGACGGAGAUAUCGAACACCCUCUCCCCACUGAAGAGCAAUCAGCAACUUUGCGCAAAGUCCCAGGUAACUUAAGCCUUGUGGCGUUCGCGUUGUGUCUGGUCGAGUUUGCAGAGCGCGCUUCGUAUUAUGGUGCUCAGAAUUUAUUUGCCAACUUUAUCGAGUUCCCACUUCCUAAAGGCGGCAAUGGAGCUGGUGCACCUCCAAAAGGUACCCAAGAGACUGCUGGUGCUUUGAACAUGGGUCUCCAAGCGUCGUCCGGCUUCGUUCUUCUUUUUAAGUUCCUUGCAUACGUUAUCCCCAUCUUCGGCGGCUGGUGGGCAGAUACUAAAGUCGGACGAUACUAUGCCAUUGUGGUUGGUGUCCUGAUUUGCGGUGUUGCACACAUUAUUCAGAUCAUUGGCGCCAUUCCAGCUGUUCUACAACAGGGAACCGCACACGCUGCUCCUCCCUUUAUUAUUGGGCUCUUGAUCCUGGCAGUUGGCGCUGGUAUCUUUAAGCCAAACGUUGCUCCUACCGUCCUUGACCAGCAACUCCAUGCCAAGGAGUAUGUCAUGACACUGAAGAACGGCGAGAAGGUUAUUGUUUCGCCAGAGUUGACCACAACUCGUACCAUGCUCAUCUUCUACGGCUUCGUCAAUGUUGGUGCCUUCUACAUGCUUGCAACCUCAUAUGCUGAAAAGGACAUUGGCUACUGGUUAGCUUUCCUGCUAGCCGGUAUUAUAUACUUUCUUCUACCCAUCUUACUGUUGGUUAUGUACAAGCGUACCAAGAAGGCCCCUCCUUCAGGCUCCGAUCUUAUUAAUGCAGUCAAGAUCAUUGGAACUGCUCUUAAAAAGAGCAAGUUUCAAAUCUGGAAAAAGGGGUUCUGGGACUCUGCCAAACCCUCAGUGUUGGCCCAGCAAGGUAUCAUAGUUGGCUGGAGUGACAAGUUGGUCGACGACGUUAGGAGAACCAUCGAUGCAUGCCACAUCUUCUUCUUUUUCCCCAUCUACAACCUGAACGAUGGCGGUAUUGGAUCUGUCCCAUCCAAUCAAGGUGCUGCUAUGAUUACUAACGGUGCACCCAACGACCUGCUGAACAACUUUAACCCGCUUACGAUUAUCGCCUUUGUGCCGUUCCUCAGCUAUGUCAUUUAUCCUAUAUUGAACCGACUCGGCAUCAGAUUGGGCCCUAUCGACAGAAUUACUAUCGGAUUCUUCCUGGCUGGCCUUUCGAGUGUCGCUGGAGCUAUAGUGCAGCACUAUGUGUACAAACUCUCUCCAUGUGGAUACUAUGCAUCAACCUGUGACGAAGUUGCCCCAAUCUCGAUUUGGUGGCAGAUCCCUAACAACGUUCUGAGCGCCGCGUCUGAGUGCUUUGCCAACGUCACUGCAUACGAACUUGCAUACUCGCGAGCACCUCCUGCGAUGCGAAGUCUCGUGGUGGCUGUUUUCUUGUUUAUGACUGCUCUUUCAUCUGCGCUUGGUGAAAUCCUGAUUCCUGUCCAGGUUGAUCCAUACUUGGUUUGGCUGUGGGCUGCUCCCGCUGUCGCCCUCGCUGUUCAGACUAUCUGGCUCAAUAUUCAUUUCCGUCACUUGAACAGCGAGGAGUUUAUGACUAGUGAAGUCAUUGUGGAGUCACCUGUAUCCAGGGAAACCCAGCAAACCAAGGUUUAAGCAAUCAUUUUGAAUACUGGAUUUCACCCGUGACUGGUGCUGUGAGGGUCGAAUAGGGGCAGAAUCGAUAAACUAUUAAUCCAUUCAUGUAAUCUCUAGCCUACAGCCCGUUUAACAGAACAUGAGAGAAUAAAUAAGAUUCAUGUUAC